AUGGUCGGUAUCGAUGCCACUAUGGUAAUAUUGCUCUCAAAAUCUCUUCCAAUAUCCGCCAAAUCUUGCAAUCACCUGCCAACAGAAUCGCACUCUCGCACGAACUUCGCCAUGCAACUCAUCUCACUAAAGAAGACUGGAGGCAAAGAGGAGCAUUGGAUAAAAAGAGAAUCGAACGUUGAAACGGCUGAUUUUCCCAGCCUCCAGGCAUCCUCUAUUGCCAAGGUUUUGAACGUGAUAAUUGAAGGCACACCCUCCGAGCUCCCUCAAAUCAUCGAAACCGCAUCGCUUCUCCCGGAUUUCUAUCCUGCUGCCAAAUCAAAGCUGUAUGUUGAUCCUACCAUCGUGUCGAAUUUUGCCUCUGCACGUCGACUUUUGAGCACUAUACUUGAGAACGAAUCUACAAUCGACCUUGGAGCUUUCGACCUGACAAUCGAACAAAUAUUCGAAUUAUUGAAUGAAAGAUUAAACAACCCAACGGAUGUGAUUGGUUUGAGCUUCUCUGGAAACCCUAACAUUACCGAGGAAUUUCUGAGGGAAAUUCUCGUCGAAUUCCCUAGACUCGAAUUCCUUUACCUCCUGAGCACUCCACAAAUUCCUUUAAGCAGGAAAAUCGAAUUAUUAAGAGGAACUACGGUUCAGCUUUAUGACACAGAGCUUCUUGCGCUGCCACUUGUGGAUUUUCGUAGGCACAAAGUUGAUACAUUGAACCAAAGCGAAGCUCCAGCACAUGGCCAUAUCAAGCCAGUUGACAACUGUUCAAAAAUUAUGCCCGGUGAAUGGACUUUAGCGGUAAUUGGGGAAUUAUACUGCGACCCCCCACCUGCAAAAAAGCGCACGAAAGUCCGAUAUGCUUUUGUGACCGCUGCUCCUCCCAUGAAUACUGAAGAUUCAACUUCAGAUUCGUAUGUUCCGGAAUUCGUCAUCGAGGAUAUCCGUGGCUUCCUUGAUAGUACAAUCCCUGAUCCAAGAAGUCGGCAACAGAUUUUGGAAGGCUGGAAUAAGGCUGUAGAACCGGCCACUCCACAUUUACCGCUUGGAUUGAGUGGAAGGCAAGAGGUUGAGUCACUGAUACGUGCUCUUCUGUAUCCAGUAACAUUUCCCACGAUGUGCUCAUUGAAAGAUACUCUUCAACGCAAACGUAAGGCUCGGAGGGGAAAUGCAAAUGUGAAGCAAUAUUAA